CCAUCACCUCCCCUCCUAUUUUUUCACAAACAAAAAACACCACCAACAAAAACAGAAGAAUCAACUUCUCUCACUGCUUUUCUGAUCAAAACUUAAUCUGUGCUAGCUAAUCAGCAAGCAAUGGUUUUAGGCUGGACAAGAAGGAGAACAGGCCACGGCACCAAGAAAAAGCAGCCCCGGGACCUAGACAUGGAAGCCCUCAUCCCAAACCACUUCCUGUGCCCAAUAUCGCUGGACCUGAUGAAGGAUCCGGUUACAUUGUCAUCCGGAAUAACCUACGAUAGACAGAGUAUUGACACGUGGCUCGAAGCCGGGAAUUUCACUUGCCCGGUAACAAAUCAGGUGCUGAGAAACUUUGAUCAGAUUCCCAACCAUAGUCUCAGAAGAAUGAUUCAAGAGUGGUGCACUCAAAACAAGCACUACGGCAUCGAACGUGUCCCAACACCCAGAAUUCCUGUCUUGCCAAUGGAGGUCUCUGAGAUUCUUUUCAGCAUCGGAGCCUCUGCUAGACGUUUGGAUCAACAUGGCUGCUUAGAAUGUGUGCACAAAAUCAAGAAGUGGGGAGCUGAGAGCGAACGCAACAAGCGGUGCAUCUCGGAGAAUGGGACGGCCUCUGUUCUAGCUGGUGCCUUUGAUUCUUUUGCAAGUGAUUGCAUAAAGAGAAAUGCCACCGUUUGUGAAGAGAUAUUGUCUGCGCUGAGUUGGAUGCUUCCAGCUUUCGAUGAGGAAGCCCACAAAUACUUGGGGUCUCAGGCUUCGUUGCACGGCAUGGUUUGGUUUCUCAAGAUGAGUGAUGAUCUUUCAGUAAAGCAAAAUGCUAUUUUAGCAUUGAAAGAGCUUCUUGCUUGCCAUGACCGGAAUAAACAUGUUGAUGCGUUGGCGGAGAUUGGUGGAGUGAAUGAGGUACUUUUCGACUUCAUCAGAGAGAAAAUUUCUCCGACGAUUACCAAGGCUUCACUGAUGGUGGUCUUCUACUUGGUUUCAUCAUCAUCAUCUUCUUCUUCUUCUAAAUCUAGUGAGAAGAUCAAAUCAGCAUUUCUGGAGAUGGGUUUAGUUUCCAUAUUGUUGGAAAUUCUUGUCGACUCUGAAAGAGGCAUAUGUGAGAGGGCUUUGGGUGUUUUGGAUAGUCUUUGCGAUUUCCAAGAUGGGAGGGAAAAGGCCUAUGCUAAUGCUCUCACUAUACCUGUCUUGGUCAAGAAGAUUUUGAGGGUAUCAGAAAUGGCGACUGAGUAUUCAAUUUCUGCUAUUUGGAAGCUGUGCAAGUGUGCAAGCAGUCAAGAAGAAAGAGUUCUUGUUGAGGCCCUUCAAGUUGGUACAUUUCAGAAGCUCCUGUUAGUUUUACAGGUUCGUUGCGGUGAUGACAACACAAAGGAGAAGACAACUGAGCUUUUGAAACUCCUGAAUCCUUACAGAGCUGGGUUGGAAUGCAUUGAGUCUGUAGAUUUCAAGAACAUUAGAAGGUCAUUUUGAUCUUCGUCCAGAGAAAACAUUUAUGAAUUCUUUUCUUUCUGAUAAUUCUUAAAUUUUCAUUUCAUCAGUUAAUUUGUUCUCCAAAGUUGAAGUUGUAACUUGUAAUACAAUACAAUACUGCAAGAUGAAUAGAGGGAAGUGAAAACAGAGGUUCCAUUCCAUUCCAUUCUUUUCA